CCUCCUUCCAGAUGCAAUAUGGCUGAGGCGGGAUAAUUGCUCGUUCUGAGGUCACGAAAAGACGGCAGUCCUCCCGUGCUUUCGUCCGGCUUCUUGUCAGCGAUGGCGUUUUUGUCACGGUUCUGGCAUUUGCCGAUUUACAGGAACCCGAGUUAUUUAUCUUAUUGCACUUCUCAGCGUACUCCCCUGUGCCUGCACAAUUGUCGGCUCGCAGCUCUCUCAACCGGCUCCACUCCAGCGGUGAAGCCCGACGCGGAGCCUGUGGAAAAUGAAGCCGUUGCCCCAGAGUUUACGAACAGAAACCCCCGGAAUCUGGAGCUCUUAGGUGUAGCCAGGAAAGAGCGGGGUUGGGGGACCGUGUGGCCCUCCCGCGAAUUCUGGCACAGGUUGCGAGUUGUAAGGACUCAGCAUCAUGUGGAAGCACUUGUUGAGCACUGGAAUGGCCGGGUUGUGGUGUCAGCGUCCACGCGUGAGUGGGCUGUUAGACAGCACCUUUAUAGUACCAGAAACGUGGUAGCUUGUGAGAGUAUAGGACGAGUGCUGGCACAGCGAUGCUUAGAGGCAGGAAUCAACUUCAUGGUCUACCAACCAACCCCUUGGGAAGCAGCUGCAGACUCGAUAAAAUGCUUACAAAGUGCCAUGGCAGAAGGUGGUGUGGUGCUACAGGAACCUCGGAGAAUCUAUGAGUGAAAUAGAGGCAUUAAAUGUUGUGUAGAUGUAAAACUAUUGACUACCAUGGCCAUCAAAAGAAAGCAUCUUGGAGGAAAAAGCAGCCUGGAAGUUUCAUAGCAAUAAUGUAACAAUGCAAGAUUAUUUGUAGUCAGGUUUGGUGUGUGUGUACCAGUAUGUGGUUUUGUUUUUUAAUCAAGGGCUAAGUUCUUCCCCAUUUUUGGAUGUGAAGGACAUAAUCUAAGGAAAGCAUCAUCAAUUAUAACUUUGGAAGGGACAAAUUAAAAUUGUAAGUUACAAAAUAAAGGCAUAAUAACUUAC